AUGGCAACAACAUUGGCGUCAGGAUACAUCACAUUACUAAAAACAACGCUUGGCAGUGGAAUUCUAUCAUUUCCAUACCUAUUCAAGACCUAUGGAAUAUUCACAGGAAUUCUUCUAACCAUGGCAUCAGGUAUCUUUUCAGUAAUAGGACUUGUAUUGUAUACAAUAUGCAGCCAGAGCUUAGGAAGACAAGCAACACUUUCAAAGUUGGCCACAGAAAACAUGCCAUAUGUGACAAUCCUUGUAGAUUUCUGUGUGUUUCUCAAAUGCUUCGGUGUUGCACUCUCGUAUCUUGUCAUCACAAUUCAUCUCCUUCCCUCACUCAUUCUCAGUGCAUUCGGAUCUUCUGUGCUCGCAGACCCAAAUAUAUCUUUGCUCGUAUUCCUGAUGUGUGUGGGCCCAUUUUCAUACUUCAACAAGCUUGAUAAGCUCAAAUACACUUCAUUCUGUGGCGUAAUUGCUAUCCUAAUUGUCACAAUGGCCACUGCAUAUAGAUACAGGUACUCUUCAUUCAUUGUUCAGAAGAAAAUCGACUACUUCGUUCCAGUAUCAUAUACAUGGCUAGAUAGCCUUGGAAAAUUCGUCUUUGCAUUCACUUGCCACCAGAACAUUUUUGCUGUUCAGUCAGAAAUAGAAGACAACUCUCCAUCAACAAUGAGGAAGCUUAUAUACAUGGUUGCAUCUACUGCUGCACUGUUGUACAUUUCCUUUGGCAUCCUUAACUACCUUCUUUAUAGAGAAGCCAUAAAAGAUAACAUCCUGCAAAACUAUCCAGAUGAUCUUCUGGCAUUCUUUGUUCGAUGCCUUUAUGUACUUGCAAUGGGCGUGUCGUAUCCUCUCCAAGUCAAUCCAUGCAGAUCGCAUCUCAUGAAUAUUGUGUCUCUCAACUCAAAAAUAGAUCAAAACGAUUCAUUCAUAGAGUUCAUUGCAACCACGGCAAUAAUAAUGUCCACAUACCUUCUUGCAAUCUCAGGAAUGGGCCUUGGUACAAUAUACUCUAUAAUAGGUGCAACUGCAUCAACAUUCAUAUGCCUGAUCUUUCCAACAAUGCUCUACUUCAGCAUGGACAUCAACAGGUCAAGGUGGUUGACACUUCUGUCAUAUGUUGGAUUUGUUUUCGGAAUGUUCAUAUUCUUCACUUCCAUGUUCAGUAUCAUUUUCAACAAUUCUCCUCCAUCCUCAUAA